UCUAAAUCCUGUCUUUCCCAGGCAGGACACGGUGGACUUUCAUCUAGUUUUGCCUGAGUCAUCUACAACUUUAUCAGAGUCUUAAUCUUUCUUCUCUCACCCUAUUGGAUCAUUUUUCUUUUUCCAUUUGGAUUCUUCUUUUUUGUACCAGACAGCCUGCUUACUUUCUUGUGUGCUUAUUGGCCCUUCCUUUUCCCCUGCACUCCUCCUUUUCCUCCCAUCUUCCACUGUUCCCUGUCUCAUUCUACGUGGUUUUUGGGCUAUGCUCUCCUCACCCACUGUGAUCCUCCAGCCUUAUGGACUGCCUGUCUAUCCACAGACAACCACAUGCUACCCCAGCAUAGUUCAGGGAGGCCCCACUCAGGAGGCCGGCCCCGGCAGUGGUGACCCCACCCUGUCGCAGGUCUAUGCCCCGCCUCCCUCCUACCCCCCACCAGGUCAAGGUCCACCAACAUCUGCGGGCAGACUGCCCCCUCUUGACUUUAGCUCUGCACAUGCCAGUUCAGAGUACCCUGAGCAUCCCCAGCUCAGAGUCUAUCAGGGCCCUCAGCACGACGGGGCUGAGACCCUGGCAUCCAGUAACACGGAGGAUGUCUUGGCUCCUGUGACCUCUGACCCCCAGUCUCUGAAUGUGUCGGUGUCAUCAGGGGGUGGAGCAGGCAGUGGAAGUGAGGAGGAAGGCUCAGGCAAGACUCAACCCAAACGCCUCCAUGUCUCCAACAUCCCGUUCCGCUUCAGAGACCCUGACCUCCGUCAGAUGUUUGGGCAAUUUGGGAAGAUUCUUGAUGUGGAAAUUAUCUUCAAUGAGAGAGGAUCUAAGGGCUUUGGGUUUGACUUUGAGAGUGCAACUGAGGCGGACCGAGCACGAGAAAAACUCAACGGGACAAUUGUAGAAGGGAGGAAGAUUGAGGUUAAUAAUGCUACUGCAAGAGUUGUUACCAAGAAGCCUCAGACGCCCCUGGUGAACGGAGAGAUUUCAACUUCAGGCUGGAAGAUUAACCCUGUCAUGGGUGCAAUGUAUGCCCCUGAGCUCUAUACAGUUGCGAGCUUCCCGUAUCCUGUAGCAACCCCCACCCUGGCCUAUCGGGGCUCAGCGCUGCGAGGUCGAGGCCGAGCCGUCUACAACACCAUCCGUUCUGCUGCUGCUGCUGCUGCUGCUACACCUGCUGCUGUGCCUGCCUACCCUGGGGUGGUCUAUCAGGAUGGGCUGUAUGGAGCAGAGGUUUAUGGUGGUUAUCCUGCAGCUUACAGAGUGGCCCAGUCAGCAUCUGCUGCCACAGCAACCUACAGUGAUGGAUAUGGAAGGGUUUACGCCACAGCUGCAGACCCCUAUCACCACUCCGUUGGACCAACAACGACAUAUGGAGUUGGCACAAUGGCCAGUUUGUACAGAGGAGGAUACAACCGCUUCACCCCGUACUGAGAGGCCUCACAUGGGGAGAAGAUGUUUCUGUUGAACUCUGGGACGACAACUGAUGAAACAGACGCUGCAGGACAGGUUAUGAGACCCUUAAGCUUUGGAAACUUGGUGUGGACAUGGGGUUCCCUCCUGUCUGCAUCGUGAGCUCUCCUCGAGAGACUAAACAGACUGAAGUUGUAAAUACUGUAGGACCCGUCACUGACUACUGAAGAAUAUUUAACACACGGAGGGGGAUGUUUUGUAAUGUAUAGACUGUCGCUUAAGACCUGUAAGUGAUUUUGUUUUUUCUGAGAUUUAAUAUUGGUAGCUAUCAGAGCAGAGGAGAAAAUGGUGCAAAAUACUGUGAGAAUAUUAAAGAUUUGGAUUUUUUUUUUCAAGUUUCACGGGUCAGACUGUACAAAAAUGAACAUUUGUGCAAUGCUAAAUGACUUAUUUUUGAUGCCAGGUAUUUACUGUUUGAGUGUGAGGUUCUGUGUGUGUGUGUGUGUGUGUGUUUGUGUGUGUGUGUGUGACAUCAGACAGUAUUGUUCAGUCCUCCAGUGAUCUGAGAGACAGCUGUGACACUGGUACCAUUACGACUCCUUAUCCCAUCAAUUGAAUCAGAUGAACAGAACUGAAGUUUGUCUGGAUGUAGUUGGAUUUUAUUUUUUUUUUUAGCCUUUCUAACAAUCUACCUCUCAUACAUUUCAGCUGUUCAUACUGCUUCCAUCAGACUUCCUGUGUAGUUGUCUUUAUUUGUAUUGUUUGGUAAAGCUUUAUUUCCAUUUCUAUUUUCUUUCAUCUCAGUCCAUAAAUCCUAAAAAUAACUAACAUAGCUUCAUAUUCUGUUUCUAUGACACCAGUGCUUACCUUUUCAUCCACAGUCAGAAACACAAAUAAUGUAAACAUUCUGUUACUCUAUUCUUUAUCUAAUGUCGCCUUCUUUUGCUCUUUGCUCUCAUUUUUUCCUGUAUUUUUUCUCCUUCCUCACUCCUGACUUCUCUUCUUUAUUAUUUAUUGUUGAUCUUUUCUUCAUUUCUGUUGCACUCUUUACUGCUGUGUGAUGUUUACUUCUAAAUAAAACUGUUUUCCCUC